ACGGCCGCGCCGCUCUGCACCUGGCGUCAUCACGGCGCGCCGGCUCUGCGCCGCGGACCCCUGCAGAGACACUAGCCCAAGGGCUCCGCCAUGUGUCAAGCCGGUGUGGACUACGCCGGGCUGGCGCAGCGGGAGCCUCCGCCCGCGGCGCGGCUUGGCCGGGAGCAGAAGUGUGUGAAGUGCGCAGACGGCCGGCCGGUGGUGGUGAUCCGGGCGGGAGAUGCCUUUUGCAGGGAUUGUUUCAAGGCCUUCUAUGUCCACAAGUUCAGAGCCAUGCUGGGGAAGAACCGGCUCAUCUUUCCUGGUGAGAAGGUGCUCUUGGCAUGGUCUGGGGGGCCUUCGUCCAGCUCCAUGGUCUGGCAAGUUCUUGAGGGCCUGAGUCAAGAUUCUGCCAAACGGCUACGCUUUGUACCAGGGAUCAUCCAUAUUGAUGAGGGAGCAGCCUGUGGCCAGAGCCCAGAAGAUAGAGAAAAGACUCUGGCUGAGAUGAAGCUGGUCCUGCAGAGCACUGGCUUCCCAUGGCACAUGGUCACCUUAGAGGAGGUAUUCAGCUUGCCACCAUCAGUGCUGCGCUGUGCUGCCCAGGAACCAGAAGGGACAGAAGAGACCUACAAGGCAGCUGUGGACAACUUUCUGCAACAGCAGCAUGUGCUUGGGGCUGCGGGCAGUGCCAGCUCAACUCAGGGGGAAGAGCAUCUACACCCAUACCACAGCCAGGAACCCCCAGGCAUGGCUAGGUCCCCUACAGCAGCUCAGACUGAGGCCUUGUCUAGGCUGUUCAGUUCCAUAAAGACGCUGACAGCUAAAGAGGAGCUUUUGCAGACCCUGAGGAACCACCUGAUCCUCCAUGUGGCACGAUCCUAUGGCUACUGCAAGGUGAUGACUGGGGAGAGCUGUACCCGCUUGGCUAUCAAACUCAUGACAAACCUGGCCCUGGGGAGAGGAGCCUUUCUUGCCUGGGAUACGGGCUUCUCUGAUGAGCGCCACGGGGAUGUGGUACUGGUGCGGCCCAUGCGGGAUCACACACUGAAGGAAGUGGCCUUCUACAACCACCUGUUUGCAGUUCCCUCAGUCUUCACACCAGCCAUUGAUACCAAGGCCCCUGAAAAGGCCAGCAUCCACCGGCUGAUGGAAGCCUUCAUCCUGAAGCUGCAGAUGCAGUUUCCCUCCACAGUCAGUACUGUGUAUAGGACAAGUGAGAAGUUGGUUAAGGCCCCCCGGGAGGGCUGUGCCGCUGGCCCCUCAGGCCCCCACUGCCUCCUAUGCAUGUGUGUGCUGGACAUCGACACUGCUGACAGUGCCACGGCCUUUGGAGCUCAGUCCUCACAUCUCUCCCAGAUGCUGCCGGGUGAGGCUGGGAUGCCUGCCCCACCCUGCUGCUGUGCAGGGGAGGGCCAGGCUCAGAGCUGCCGUAGGGCAGUCUGUAGAAGGGGGGCCGCGCAGACCUGCAUCACAGAGCAGCUGUGCUACAGCUGCCGGGUGAACAUGAAGGACCUGCCCUCUCUGGACCCACUACCUCCUUACAUCCUAGCUGAAGCUCAGCUCCGCAGCCAAAGGGCCUGGGUCACCCGGGAAAUGCAGGAGUAUCUGAUCAAAGACAGUGAUGACGAAGAUGAAAAAGAAUAGACAGGCAGAGCUGAGCCUUGAGGACACCACCAUGCAGAGCCAUCAACAUCGAGCAGGAAAGCAGGGAUACAG